GCUCUGUCCCAUAGACGCCUCGUGAAGGUUAAAAUAUGUAUUUUCUUCUUCGUGUAUGGAACUUAAUUUUGUCGUAACCAUCCUUAUAGUAUUUCCCAUCACAAAUAACGGUAAUGAAAUAUGGAUUCCUACUGUUGACAAAUAAACAAUAGCCACGUAAAAUACAAGGGCGGUAUGGCAACUGCAAAUAUCCUUCAUCUAAAUGUGAAGUCCAUUAUGCUGACUUCCUUCAAAGGGCUGAAAACAAACAGAACAAACGCGCCCUGUCUUUCUUCUCAUUGCAAAAUCUCUGAACAUUCUCAAAUUAAAUAUGAUCUGGGCAGGCAGAGAUUAUCCAAUGCCUUUCUAAUGUUGCACUCUGCUGCAAUGAUUGCCAGGAAAAACAGCUUAAAAAGUAGGAGCAGCUCUGAAGGAGAAGCAUCCAUGGAAAUCGAACCCAUUAUUGAAGAUGGGGCUUCAAAUUCGGGAACAUCCUCAAGAGGAAUUGGGCAUCAUAUCAACAGAUUUAGCAAGUGGGUAGUUUCAGCAAUCUUUGCUGCUGUAGUGAUUUGGAGACAUGAUGCUGGAGUCAUAUGGGCCGUAGUAGGCAGUGUUCUUAAUACAAGUAAUUCAAAACUUUUGAAACGUAUCUUUAAACAGCAGCGCCCUCCUUCUGCCCUGGGCCUGAAGGCUGAUCCAGGGAUGCCGUCUUCACACGCACAGAGCUUAGGGUAUCUUACUUUGUAUGCUGCUUUAUCAUGGAUUGAUUGGCAAGGUCUUACUGCAUUUAACAUUGGGUGUGCAUUUGCAAUAUUGAUUUGUGGUGCAUAUUUGGUCAUUCUCUGCGCCAUGGAAUUGGUUAGAUUCAGAUUCAACCACUGCAUUUGAGCCCAUUUGUUUUACAUUGCUUAUGCCCACUCUAUGCAGGAUCUGCAUUCCUGCUUUUCUGACCCUCUCAACAGGGCAUCACUUUAUAAUCCCAUGGAUGUAGAUACAUGAGAAUGCCAAGCAAGAUAUGCAUACAAUUCUGUAGGAUUUGUGGGAGUUAAAGAAACUUAAAGGUUCUGUUAUUUCUGGUCACAACCAUCGCAAGAGCUCUCUCACUAUAAUAGUGCAAAGGUUUCAUCAGUUCUAUUCUCAACCAUCAUCAUCACAAUGCUUUCAUUAUAAUUUGCUGCGGGGAUUAUUUGUGCAGUUUAUCCUUCAAAGGGUUCUAGAUUUCUUAAGAGUAUUCCCAAUAAUGUCAUAAGAUUGUAGAUAGAAAGUUUGGUUGCCAGUCAAGGAUGUAUGGUUUGUGGUCCCUUGGGGUUUGUAGGUGAAGAAACCAACCCAGCAGCUAGAGAAGUACAACCUGCAUGCGAAUUCUUCUAUUUUCUAUUAUUUCGUUAGUGUCUUCACAAUAAUAAUCGUGGGAAUUUACAUUUUUCACACAAUUUCACUCAAUUUUCCUUUUCCAUUUCAAAUAUAAGUUCAUUCAAGAGUAAAUGGUACAUGCAUUUUACGAAACAGUUGGUUGCAUGUUCUGUAACAUUUUAUUGGAAUCUAACAUGCCAUAUUAAUCAGCCACAGUAGUUCAGUUAACCCCUUCUCUACUAAAAAAAUGGAAAUAGAAAGAAUAGAUUUUAAUAUAAACAAAUACGUGAUUGAAAUCUG